AUUAUCUCUCCCUCUCUCCGCAAAAACACCUCCUCUCUUUUCUCUCUCCUCACAAAAACCCAAAUCAACCCUAUCGUCGCUUCCCCCCCUCCCCUCCUCCCUUCCCACCGGAAAACCGCCUUUCUCUCUCCUCUUUCCCGGCGGCGAUCGCUUUACCGCUACAAUCCUCCGAUUCCUCAAUACUUAUUCCAUACUAAGGAAGUAAAUAAUUAUUUCCCGAUUUCACAAAAAACAACAGAAUAUAUAAAGAGAAAUAUCAAUUUUUUUUUGAAAUAGUAGUCCCCUCCUUUUUUGUGUGUUUGAUUUCCCGGCCAUUUUCCGACGUGAUUUUCCGAGUAGGUGUGCGCGCGAUUAUUUAACCGGCGCAUCCUUUUCUCUCUCCUCUUUUCAUUGAUACCUUCAAUUGGACCCCGAUUUUUGCAGGAUUUGUUCUGGAGUUGUUGCUUUAGGCAUUAAGCUGGUAACUACUUUUAGAGUAGAAGAUAACAAUUCCAUGAUAGAGGAUGGCAUUUUUUAGGGAUUAUACGAGGGAGACAGUCACCCACAGAGCCAUGGAGGACAAGAAUGUUAGUCACACUGUGAAUAGAGUACACAACUCAAUUGACAUAGAUUUGAAUUCGAGUGAAAAUGAUUUUGAAAUGAAGAUAGAUGGACAUUAUCAAAGUGAUGGUGAACCGGGUGCUAGCAGACUACCCAAUGAGGUGGCUGUCAAUGGUGGUGCUGACAUGGAGCCUUCAACUUCCCAUACAUAUGAGAGAAGAAGUAGAGGUACAGCUGAGAAAUGGGGGUCUACUUUCUGGAAAGGCAGUCAGGCAGUGGCUUCCCAUGAUGUUUCAGACUCUGGACAUGAAUCUAGAAGUGGUUCGGAGUAUAGAAACGAUGAAGGGUCCGAAGGUAAUUCGUUUGGCGGGGAGGAUAGAUUAGAGUUAGAAGAAUACGAAGGGCAGAAGGAAUCAGAAAAGGUUCCUGCAGAUGAGAUGUUAUCCGAUGAGUAUUAUGAGCAAGAUGGGGAUGAUCAGAAUGAUUCAUUGCAGUAUAGAGGUUUGAAUCCUGUUACAUCCAAUCCAAGACCACAAUCAAGGACCACCAUGCCAGCUAACUCAAACCGGAGAGCUUAUGAUGAUGACGAAUAUGCAGAGGAGGAAGAUGAUGACGAAGCAGAUGAAGAUGACCCUGAUGACGCAGAUUUUGAUCCUGAUGGGGUUGUUGCUGACCGGACAAGGGUGAAGGACGAUGACUGGGAAAUCGAGGAUUCAGAAGAAGAGGUUGAAAGUGAAGGAGAGGUUGAAGUUUCAGAUGACGAUGAUGCAUACUAUAAGAAGAAGCCCAGGGUUGGUCAGCGAGUCAAAAGUGGAGGAAAUGCAAGGGCUAGUAAGGGGCAGAGGUCUCUCUCUGCCCCUACUCGAAGAAGAAAAGGUAGGGUAUCAGAUGAUGAGAUUUCUGCUGAGGAUUCAGAGGAUGAUAGUGAUGAGAAUUUUAGGACAAAAAGAGGUGCUCAUCUCCGCAAAAACAGCAACCUUGGGCGAAAAAACGAGGCUCGCACUUCUACCAGGUCAAUUCGCAAGGUUUCAUAUGCUGAAAGUGAGGAAAGUGAAGAAGUUGAUGAAGGGAAAAAUAAAAAGUCUAAGGAGGAUAUGGACGAGGAGGAUGCUGACGCAAUUGAAAGGGUUUUAUUCCAUCAGCCAAAAGGGAUGGCUGAAGAAGCUAUCAGAGCCAACAAAUCUACUCAACCUGUAUUGCUAAGCCACUUGUUUGAAACUGAAUUAGAUUGGAAUGAGAUGGAAUUUCUUAUUAAAUGGAAAGGGCAAUCUCAUCUUCACUGCCUGUGGAAACCAUUAGCUGAGUUGCAAAAUCUCAGUGGCUUCAAGAAAGUUUUGAACUACAUGAAAAAAGUUGCGGAGGAUGUAAGGUUUCGGAGGUCUGUAUCCCGUGAAGAGAUUGAGGUCCAUGAUGUAAGCAAGGAAAUGGAUUUGGAUCUUUUUAAACAAAAUUGUCAGGUGGAGAGAGUAAUUGCUGAUAGGAUAAACAAAGAUAGUUCAGGUGAGGUGACUCCUGAGUAUCUGGUGAAGUGGCAAGGAUUAUCUUAUGCUGAAGUUACCUGGGAAAAAGAUAUAGAUAUUGCAUUUGCUCAGGAAGCUAUUGAUGAGUACAAGGCUCGUGAAGUCACUAUAGCAGUGCCAGGAAAAACAGUGGAUUCACAGCGUAAGAAAAUCAGAGGAAGUUUGCGGAAGCUGGAAGAGCAGCCUGAAUGGCUGAAAGGAGGAAAAUUACGUGACUAUCAGCUUGAGGGUUUAAAUUUUCUUGUUAAUAGCUGGAGAAAUGACACUAAUGUCAUCCUAGCUGAUGAAAUGGGUCUGGGAAAAACUGUUCAAUCAGUUUCUAUGCUUGGUUUUUUACAGAAUGCGCAACAAAUCAAUGGUCCAUUUCUCGUGGUUGUACCACUGUCUACCUUGUCCAACUGGGCGAAAGAAUUUAGGAAAUGGCUUCCAAGUAUGAAUGUUAUUGUGUAUGUUGGAACUCGUGCUAGCAGAGAGGUUUGUCAGAUGCAUGAGUUUUACAGUGAAAAGAAUACAGGCAGAUUCAUCAGGUUUGAUGCUUUGUUGACAACAUAUGAAGUUAUUCUGAAGGAUAAGGUGGUGCUUUCAAAGAUCAAGUGGAGCUACCUAAUGGUUGAUGAGGCUCACCGUCUAAAAAAUAGUGAAGCGUCAUUAUACACUUCUCUCUUGGAAUUUAGCACCAAGAACAAGUUGCUCAUUACUGGAACUCCAUUACAGAAUAGUGUAGAGGAGCUAUGGGCUCUGCUUCACUUCCUCGAUUCUGAUAAGUUCAGGAACAAAGAUGUCUUUGUUCAAAACUACAAAAACCUCAGUUCAUUCAAUGAGAUUGAACUUGGGAAUCUUCACAGUGAGUUGAGACCUCACAUCCUCAGGAGAGUUAUUAAGGAUGUGGAGAAAUCUUUGCCACCUAAAAUUGAACGAAUUCUUAGGGUUGAAAUGUCCCCACUUCAGAAACAGUAUUAUAAGUGGAUUUUGGAACGGAAUUUCCAUGACUUGAAUAAAGGUGUUAGGGGAAAUCAGGUUUCACUACUGAAUAUUGUGGUGGAGUUGAAAAAGUGUUGCAACCACCCAUUCUUAUUUGAAAGUGCUGAUCAUGGUUAUGGUGGCGAAACCAGUGAUGGAAGCAAACUUGAGCGUAUGAUACUUAGUAGUGGAAAGCUAGUGAUUCUUGAUAAGCUGCUUGUGAGAUUGCAUGAAACAAAACAUCGGGUCCUUAUAUUCUCACAGAUGGUGAGGUUGUUGGACAUAUUGGCAGAGUAUUUGUCUUUGAGAGGUUUCCAGUUUCAAAGGCUUGAUGGUAGUACUAAGGCUGAGUUAAGACACCAGGCUAUGGAGCAUUUUAAUGCCCCAGGAAGUGAUGAUUUCUGCUUUCUUCUCUCCACCCGGGCUGGUGGACUGGGCAUAAACCUGGCAACUGCUGAUACCGUUAUUAUAUUUGAUUCAGACUGGAACCCUCAGAAUGAUUUGCAGGCAAUGAGUAGAGCUCACAGGAUUGGACAGCAAGAAGUUGUUAAUAUCUAUCGUUUUGUAACGAGUAAAAGUGUUGAAGAAGAUAUCCUUGAAAGGGCGAAGAAAAAGAUGGUCCUUGAUCAUCUGGUGAUCCAGAAGCUAAAUGCAGAGGGUAAAUUAGAGAAGAAAGAGGCUAAGAAGGGUGUUACCUUUGACAAAAAUGAACUUUCGGCAAUUUUGAGGUUUGGAGCUGAGGAGCUAUUCAAGGAAGAGAAAAAUGAAGAGGAGAGCAAAAAGAGACUUUUGAAUAUGGAUAUAGAUGAAAUUCUUGAGAGGGCAGAGAAGGUUGAGGUCAAGGGAGCUGAAGGGGAGCAAGCAAACGAACUUCUAAGUCAAUUUAAGGUUGCAAACUUUUGCAAUGCUCAAGAUGAUACUACUUUCUGGAGCCGCUGGAUAAAGCCGGAUGCUGUUGGGGAAGCAGAGGAGGCGUUGGCUCCUCGAGUUGCAAGAUUUAAUAAGAGUUAUGUGGAGCCUGUCCAACCUGAUGGAAGCAACAAAAGGAAAAGAAAGGAAACUCCGUCUAUUAGGGCAAAUUCAAAACGCCGUAGAGGAGAGUCUUCUAAUAUGGUUCCAAUGAUUGACGGUGCCUCAGCUCAAGUAAGAGACUGGUCUUGUGGAAAUUUGCCAAAGAGAGAUGCAACGCGUUUUGCAAAAGCAGUUAUGAAGUUUGGCAAUGCAAGCCAAAUGAACUUAAUUGCAGCUGAGGUUGGAGGUGCAGUUGAGGCAGCUCCAGUGGAUUCUCAGAUAGAACUUUUUGAUGCUUUAAUUGAUGGGUGUCAAGAGGCAGCUAAGGAAGCAAAGAUUGAUCCAAAGGGUCCUCUUUUGGACUUCUUUGGUGUGCCUGUAAAGGCUAAUGACAUGGUCAACCGUGUAGAGCAGCUUCAACAUGUAGCUAAGCGGAUUGGUCGCUAUGAAGAUCCCAUUUCGCAGUUCCGAGUGCUAAAGUACUUGAAACCUGCAAAUUGGUCAAAAGGGUGUGGGUGGAAUCAAAUUGAUGAUGCAAGAUUGCUGUUGGGCGUGCAUUACCAUGGGUUUGGCAAUUGGGAAAAAAUCCGGUUAGAUGAAAGGCUUGGUUUAACUAAGAAGAUUGCCCCAGUUGAGCUUCAAACACAUGAAACUUUCCUUCCACGUGCUCCCAAUUUGAAGGAUCGUGCUUCCGCACUACUUGAAAUGGAACUUUCUGCUGGUGCUGGGAAAAAUUCUUGUCCCAAGGGGCGCAAUAAAUCUUCAAAAAACAUUGAUAAUUUUCAAAGUUUAGCAAAGCCUCGUAAAGGUCGGGGGAGGCCGAGUUCCCCCAAACAUUCAACUCAGAUUGAGAAAAGGCCCCAAAGAACCCAGAAAGCUGAACCUUUAGUUAAAGAGGAAGGUGAAAUGUCUGAUAAUGAAGAGGUAUAUGAGCAAUUUAAGGAAGUCAAAUGGAUGGAAUGGUGUGAAGAUGUUAUGAUGGAUGAGGAAAGAACGUUGAAACGUCUUCAAAAGUUGCAGACUACCAGCGCUGACCUUCCGAAGGAGAAGGUGCUCUCAAAGAUCCGUAAGUACUUGCAACUUAUUGGCAGGAGAGUUGACCAAGUUGUUUUUGCACACGAGCGUGAGCCACAUAAACAAGAUCGGAUGAUGAUGCGAUUAUGGAAAUACGUUUCAACCUUUUCUAAUUUGACUGGGGACAGACUAUGUCAAAUUUAUUCCAAACUUAAGCAUGAACAGGAAGAUGAAGCUGGGGCGGGACCCUCCCAUAUCAACGGACAUAAUGAUUUCCAACGUCAGUCAGCUAGAUUGAAGGGACUAAAGAACAAUAACUCGUAUCAAUCAGCUGAACCAGAUCUUAAAAUACAUGAUCCAGCAAAGUUUGAGGCAUGGAAACGGAAGAAAAGAGCCGAGACAGAUGCUUUCUUAGAGGCUGAAGGCCCUUUCCAGAAACCUUCUAGCAAUGGCCCAAGAUUGCCCGCAUCUAAUUCUUUGGGAAUACUGGGUGCUGCACCAACUGACAGCAGACCAUAUAGUAGUAAUGAGAGGCCGUAUAAGAUGCGUCAGAGUGGUCUUCAACAACGGCAAGGUUUCUCAUCAGGCAUUAGGUAACUGUUACAUGGUGGUUGGAUGGAGUCCAUUUGAGUAGCACCUCAAUUUUUUUGGCCCCUGGGAUAAAUAAAAAUCUAUCUGUCGACAAAAUGGCCAAUGCUAAGCCUUGGCAUGUCAGAUAGGAGUGUCCUGGUUAGCCUCGAUGGCUAAGAAAGAAAGCAUGAUCAUCUACACAUUGACAUAAGCAGUGGCAAGUGACAAGAGACAAAUGAAGAAGGCAGUUGAGCCCUGCAAAUAGCGGUGUUUUGUUUUUCUCUAGUAGAUAGAGGCCAACAAUUUGUUUACAAUUAUAGCUUAAAGUAGAAAAAAGGAUGUAGAGAAGGUCUUUAACCUAGUUUCUCUGUAAUCUACUCAUACUGGGUAGAUCACUGUAUUUAGUACUUACCGGAGUUACCGCACCUUCAAAAAUGUACAUUACUCAGUUUUGUUAUCAAAAUCAAAUUUUGGUCAUUGUAAGCUGCUUGUAGAUACUUUUUGAUUGUUGGUAAUAGUUUACUUCCCUAUAGUAAGGUUGAUCACA